AUGCUGCGCCAGGAGAACUUGGCCAACUUCUGCGGUCUGCUGGCCACACAAGGAUACAAGGAGAAGGCAAACGAGUGGCGCAUUUUGGGUCAGGAGCAGGAUGGCUCUAUGCUCACAUCCUGGAUAUUUGAGUAUCCGGAGGACGAGGAGAAGGUGCGCAAGGAGACCUGCAUUGGUCACUUCCAUGCCACCAAGAAGCAACUACGCUUGCUUUGGACUCUGCCCAAGUGCUGUGAAAUCAUCCAGGCGAGUGUCAACAGCAGCGUCACUCUGCUCUCCUUUGUGGAGAAGACCGAGGGUAAUCUCUACCAGGCCUUCGUUGUGGGUCGCAGCUCGGAGGGAGGCACUGUGACGCCCAUUAAUGCAGAGCCCACGCCGCGUCAAAUCAUGACGCAGUUUCUAUGGCGAGUGGAGAGUGCCACGCGCACCUGCUGGCAGGACAAGCUUCUGGUGCUUACCCACGAAGAGUCCAUUAGGCAGUACAGCUGUGUGGUGAAGCAGAGCUCAACCACAUCCUCGACUGGUGCCGGUGAGGGCAGUGCCUGGCGCUUGGACACCAGCAUCCUGACUUUUGAAACUUUGGCGAGAAACUUCAGCUGGGCUCAGUGGGAUCCCGAGUGUCAGGCUCUUUAUUACAUACAUCUAAAGCCAACCAAGAGCCUGAGUCUGCUGGACGAGCGGGAGGAGGCGGGUGGCGAGCAGGCAGCACCGAUUCUUAGUCCCACACUGUCGGCUUUCCAGUUCAACGAGAAGCAGCCCACGGAGACGGUGCUAAAUAUACCUCUCAACCUGCCCAAGUUGCCCACUGGUAGCUCUAGGGAAGAUGAAACCCCUAGCUACGACGAUGAUGCAGUACCAUUGCGCGUGCACGACAGCUCUCUUAAUCUCAUCAUUCUGGCGGAUAGCUCUUCGGGCAUGUUCUUCGUCUGUCACUACUACCUUUACCAGCCGAUGCAAUCGGAGCAGAAGGACGUACACUUUGCCUACUCGGUGACUCUGCUGCAUCAUGGCUGCGUGGUGCACUGCGUCAUGCCCGGGGUGCCGUGGCAAAAGGCUAGGCUUUAGCCCACUUUUGCUCUCCAUGGGCAACAUCACUUGCUGGUCUCGGCCUUUUUUGUCCAUCUACUGGACGUGGGUCUGCAGCAUGAACCCAACUGUCACAUCGUGUGUGCUGCCCACAGCAACCGGAGUCCUGAUAUUACCCAGCUGGUUCCCCUGCGGAAGUGGGGAGCUCUGGCCUACGAUGUGGCCACCUUGGAUUUGGUCUCUCUAACCGUACCCAAGUCGCAUCUGAUUGAAGCCUUCCGAAACGACAGCUCGCUGGACAACCGAAUCAGCAUUAUCCAUUACUUCCUGCUGCACUCAAACGAUAUGGACGUUCUGGCCGAGCUGCUGAAUAGUAUCCUGGAACGUCCGCUUUCCCUGGACACGGUGGCCCUGCUGAAGGAGGCCCUUGUAGCUGAGUACGCUGCUGCAGUUCGCGGUUUGCCGGACGAGGCCAAGCCACUGAUGAGGCUAUUGCCGUUGACCACAGCUAUUGCCUCGCGACCCAUUCAAGCCCGGGUAGCGGAUAUAAACGUGGGCCUCUCGCACGAAAUGCAUAAUACCAGCAUGAUGCUCCUGUCGCCGCAGCAGCGUCUCUCACCCUACCACGAUAUCUGGACAAGGCUGUGGGAUUUGCUCAACGAGUCAGCGAAGCAGGAACAGCCGCGCUUCAGUGGAGAACAGGUGACGGAGAAGCUCAUCUUUAGCCUGGCCUGCUACCAGCCAGAGGCCCUGUCCAGGUGCACUACGCCCCUAUCACCGGACGCUGGCUCGGGCGGUGGGUUUGGAGACUACAGCAGCGGCAGUGCGUUUCCCUUUAGCAAAGAGGUUCUGCCUUUCAUUGAGCUGGAAGGCUGCACGGCCAGUAAGCAGGAGCACGUCAUCUCAGUGUACUUGCGCGAGCUUAGCGUUCAUUUGGUGAAGCUCUCCAAGCCGCACACUGGCUUCCGAUGGCUGAAGGAGACCUUCUUUGAGCGCUCCCAGGCUCCGGCUCAUGUGCAUGCGGUGGCCUCUCAGUUUGUUUCCUCGCAGUUGGAGCUGUCCCGUGCGCUCUGCUCCCUUGUGUGCCGUGCGGCGGGCUUGGAUGCUCGCAUGGAAACGUUACGUGGUUUCAGUUGAUGUGAGUUUCACUCGAUUCUAGAUAAAAUGCCAGCUAGCCAACAGCACUCGCUGUUCCUUAUACUGGAGAGAUACUGUCUGGCGGUGGAAUCGAUUGCCUUUCCCCUGCCCGAGGGUUUCUCCUUUUUCACUUACCUGGGCUAUCGCUUGGGAUACAACAUGUUCCUGCAGUAUGUGGAGAAUCAUGUGUUCGAGCUGCAGGUGGACGUUAUGAAAGCAAUUGUUUUUGAUAUCGAGGAUUCCCCCCUGGGCAUCGAGCGUAAGCUGUCGCUGCUGUCAGCUCUGCCCAAGCAACGGGCCCAGCGGCUUUUAAAAUGCUGGCAGCAUCCGGACAGCCUCAUGAUCCGUGGCAGGGAGCAUGCAGCAAACAUUUUGUCCGGUCAGCAGCUCCUGGAAGCCAAUCAGCAGAGGGCCAUCAGUUGCGCAAACCAGUCCCGAAACAAUACCAGGAGCGACUUAACUGCCGAAGCCCUAACGCCAUUGGACUCCUUUCUGGACCUACUGACGGCCAAGGCUAGUCUAAACGAAUUGGAUUACAAUUUGCUUAUCGAGACCACUUUGAGCUCCAUUGAUCUGCUCAAGGUGGAGGGCUAAUGUGCUUACUACUUACUAUCUAUUUGGUAGCAGUCAUGACAGUAAUUAAAAGGGUAUUAAUUAAAGGCCAAAGUAUAGUGUCAAAAUAUCAAGUAUUGGACCCCACAUGCAGUACCCCUUAGGGGUAAAACAGCUUUAUGUUUGUUAGACUUAGACUAAGAUUUGUUUUUGUGCAGCUUACAUAGAAUUCAAUGUACAAUUUUUUUUAUGUUUAAUGUUCCUAUUAUUUUCUAUAUGUGUCAAUGAAUUUAUGCAUUCCAUGUCUUAUAUUCCA